AUGAAAGCCGCCCUCUGCAAAGAGCUCGGCCAACCCCUCGUCAUCGAAGAAAUCCCCGUCCCCGAGCCCACGGGCCGCUUCAUCCUCGCCCGCGUCAAAGCCGCCACCCUCUGCCACUCCGACCUCAGCAUCAUCGACGGCGCCUUUGGUCCCUUACCCAUGCCCCUCGUCAUCGGCCACGAGGCCAUCUACGUCGUCGAGAAGCUGGGACCCGACGCCGCCGGCUACGGCAUCGAGUACACCCUCAUCGAUCCCGUGGCCUCCGUCGUCGUGCGCAAGGCUGGGCCCGGGGCGAGCGAUGGCGUCUCGGACUUGUCUCCUCUGUUUUGCGCUGGUAUUACGGUGUGGGAUGCCGUCGAGCGCGCCAACAUUCGCCCGGGUGAUAGUCUCGCCGUUCUCGGUGUUGGUGGCCUCGGACAGAUGGCGGCUCGCUAUGCUACCGAGCUAGGCGCCAAGGUGUUUGUCCUCGACGUGCGCGACGAGCAGCUAGCUGCCGCCAAGAGCGACGGUAUCGCCGAGGACUCCAUCAACAUCAAGGACCUGUCACCCGAGGAUCUUGAGAAUAGGGUCAUGGAGAUUAAUGGCGGCGUGCUCUUCGACAAGGCCAUCGUCACCACCGGUGUCGUCCCCGCCUACCUUUCCGCCAUGGGCGUCGUCAAGGUCGCUGGUCAGAUCAUUGCCGUCGGCCUCCCUCACAAGGAUAUUCCUCUCAACCCCAACGUUAUCGCUGGGCGUUGCUUCUCCAUCACUGGUGCCAAGGUCCCCGGCAAGAAGGGCAGCCAACGGUGCAUCGACUACAGUCUCAAGAAGAACAUCCGCCCCAAGAUCAACGAGCGCAAGUUUGCCCUCGAGGAUAUCAACGAAAUGGUGGCGUUGAUGAAGGCUGGCGAGGUCGACAAGGGCAGAAUGCUGGUCGAGUUCUUUUAA